CUAUAAGUGGCGGCGCGCGGCGGGGGCCGCACCCACCAUGGCCACCCCGGGGGGGACACAGACCGAGCACGCGACGGAGGGGUCCCCGGCACAGGGGGGCGCCCCGGCACAGGGGGGGUCCCCGGAGCAGGGGGGGUCCCCGGAACAGGAGGGGUUCUUCUCGCUGCUGAGCUCGGUGCAGGGAGCGCGGAUGGACGAGCAGCGCUGCAGCCUGGGGGGGGCCGGAGCGGGCGGGGCCGCCCCCCCGGCCCCCCCCGAGCUGUCGGCGCUGCUGGAGCUGGUGGCGAGUGCGCAGGGCCGGCGGAUGGACGAGCAGCGGCUGCCGGUGCCGCGCCUGCCCGGCUUCGGGAACGGACAGGACUGAGCUCCAGCCCCUGAUGGUGUCACCGACCCCCAACGUCCCCAAGCUCGUGAUGUCACCC